AUGUCAAACAAAGUAUUUAUUCUGCUCAUAUUCAUCUAUGCGAAUGUUUUACCAUGUUACUUUGGACAAAAUGAUCCAUGUACAUACAAUGUAGAGGAUGCAACAGCAUGGUGUGAUGGGAAGAACCUUACAGCAGUGCCAUCAAAUCUACCAAACACCACCAGAACGCUUCAUUUGGAGAACAAUAUAAUGACUAAAAUUAACAAUGGAUCAUUCAGACAUUUACCUCUUUUGAAGAACCUUUACAUGAUGAAUAAUAGCAUCGAUAAGCUCAUACAACCCGCAUGGAAAGGAUUAAUGAAUCUUGAAACUCUAAACUUAUCAGGAAAUAGUUUUAGAAAGUUAGGAACUUACUGGUUUACUCUUCCAAUACAAAAUUUGAUAAUCGAUGAAAAUAAAGCCUUGAGUGAAAUGGAAAUGAACACAUUCACUUCACAAAUGCAAUCACUGUCAAUAAGAUUCUGUAAUAUCUCACAACUGAAUAAAGAAAUAUUUUGGACCACCAGUCGAAUUGGAACUAUAGAUUUUUCUGGCAACCCUUUACACCAUAUAGAAAGUGGAACAUUCAAGUACAUAAAUGGUCUUGAAAAUAUCAUCAUUGACCAAUGUGACCUCACCAUAGUAAAAGAUGAAUUUAAAACAAUAGACACUGUAAAGAAAAUUCAUUUGGUCAACAAUAAAAUCACCUACAUUAUUGCAACAGCAUUUGAAGGCAAUAUAGAGCUGAAUGAAGUGAAUCUAUUUGGAAAUGAACUCUCCUUAUUACCUGACGCAUUUCUUACAGCAACAUCAAUUCGGAAUAUUAACGUUUCAAAGAAUUCAAUCACGAAGUUCACCCAAUCAGAUAGUAGAAUUUUCAUCAGGUUGGCUCGCUUUGAUGGAAGUGAGAAUCCGUUUGAAUGUACUGAAGAACUUUGGUACUUUAUCCACUUUGCGAUAUCACCUAAAGGUGUUAGUGUGGUCCAAAACUGGCCUAAUGGGUAUAGGUGUGCUUUGCCUAUUGAACACAGUGGUAAAACUCUUUUGGAGUAUUCUAAUUUUACACAAGCUGAGACAACCACUGAGUAUAUAACGAUACAAGAAACGUCUGAAUCAACAGAUGCAUGGCAAACCACUCUUCACACUGAACCUCCAACUAAAAGAACAGAUACGGCAGUCACUCACGCCACAGUGGAAAUAACAGGUUGGACUGACGCAGGAUCAACAGAUAUCCUUGUGAGUGGAAGACCUGAAGCUACAACACAAGAGGAAGUUGGCCCAACUCUUGGACAUGAAGGAGAGACUUUGAACACUGCAAUGAUAGUAGGGAUAACUGUUGGAGUCUUGAUGCUCAUCCUUCUUGUCAUACUCUGCAUAUAUGUCAUCAAAAAGAAGAAAAAGGAAAAGAUUGAAUCUUCGAACAACAAUUCAACAGCCUAUAUCCAACCAAACUUACAAACGGGAUCAGAAAUGAGCCUUAAACAAACAAAUCAAUUGGACUCACACAGCGACCUACAAAACUACCCCCCAAGAAAUAAUCAUAAAAAACCAGAGGGGCCACUUUUCAAAAACUACAAACAGAUAAAAUCUCAUGAGGUUACCCCAAGAGCUGGGAUGAUUGAAAAGAGAAAGGCGAACCAAGAUGAUGUUGACACCACUAGUGAGGCUUUACCAAGAAACAAACCACAUGAGGAGAAUUUCAACCCUGUGAUGAUGGUCAGACCCGUGAGACACAACAAUGAAUUUAACAUUCCUAAUUUAGAUACCCCUGCAAGGAGGGCCAAUGCAUUAGCUCCUUUGGUGCCUUUAGACGCUCAGAAGAAACCACCAAAGAGAAAGAAGAAAAAGAAAAGACAAAAGAGAACUCAAGAAUUGGACUCGAUGAUCCAUGUCGAUGAAGUUGAGGAAAAUGGGGAAUUCAAAUUGAAAACAAUACAACCUCAAAUACACUGA